AUGGCCCUCUCCUUUAUGUUGUGGAACGCCCGAUCCCUUCUCCGCAAAACGCAGGAACUAGAAACCCAUUUAGGUGACACCCUCCCAUCUGUGGUCGGCAUAUGUGAGACCUGGCUUCCCCCUCAUCUUUCUCUCUCCUUUCCGGGAUACAACAUCAUCCGCAAAGAUCGUGGUCAAGGACGUGGAGGAGGUGUCCUUCUCGCCAUCCAUGACUCCCUCGUCUCAUCGCCUCUCCCUAUCCCUCAGUCUCAAGAUGGGCGUCUGGAGGUUGUUGCGGCCAGGGUUGGACUUGGUGGUGGCUGGCUCACGGUGGCAGCCUGCUACAAUCCUGGGGGUACAGCUGGCCACCGAGAGUUUAUGCACUACUUCUCCGCCCUGCAGCCUCCAGUGCUUAUAAUGGGGGACUUUAACGCCCAUCAUACAUGUUGGGAGCCUGACCUGUCACCUCACCACCACAACACAUCUGGCAAUGCUCUCUUCCAAGCCUUGUUAGAUCUAAAACAUGUCUCCCUCCUCAGCCCUCCCGGACUAGCGACCAGGUUUCAUCCCCAUACUGGUGCCGCCUCGGUGCUCGACCUGUUCCUUGGAGACCCUACCUUCAAGGACUCCACCUUCUGCACUGGACCUUACAUGGGCAGCGACCACCUCCCUCUCCUCGCCUCCCUCCCACAAGUCUCCCCACAGCCCCAACCUGGCUGCAUGCCUCGCUGGAGGCUCAAUUCUUCUGGUUGGCCCCAGUACGUGGCUGUGCUUCCCUCCUCACUGGACACCCAACAUCUUCCCUGGAUGAAGCCGCAACAACCAUUGCUGGGGUGCUGUCCGAGGCUGGCACAGCUGCCUUCCCACUCAUCACCCGUCAUCAUCCACGCCACCCUGGGAAGCCCUGGUAAGAUGCAGCCUGCGCCCAGGCAGUACAGGACCGUCGCCAGGCUUGGAAUCAGUGGCAGUAUCAUGUCCUUUCUCCGCUCCAUGGAGGGCAAGUUCGUAUCUCAGAACAUCCCAUUUUCUGAUGAUGAUUCUACCCCACUGGCUGACCCUGAAAAGCAAAAAUCUUCUCUCCCAUCCCUUGCUCAACCAUUCAAGCCUCAUGAACUCUCCUCAGCCUUAGCUACAUUAAAACCCGGUAAGGCGCCAGGCCUUGAUAAAGUCCCAUACGACUUCAUCCGCCACCUCACCCCACCCCUACGUGCCUGCCUCCUUCAACUAUACAACAGCAGCUGGCAAUCGGGGCAGUUCCCAUCCACCUGGAAACCCGCCAUCCUCAUCCCCAUCCACAAGCCUGGAAAGGACCCUACACUCCCUUCAGCAUACAGGCCCAUCAGCCUCCUCUCCUGCAUUGGGAAGCUGCUGGAGAGGUUAGUCAACACCCGCCUCACCUGGUGGUUAGAAGCUAACAACAAGCUAGCAGAGGAGCAAUGUGGCUUCCGCCCUCACCGGAGUACCCUGGAUGUGCUGGGGCAAAUUGAGUAUCACAUCUGUGACACUUACCGCCAACGUCAAGUCAUGAUGGCCCUCUUCCUUGACCUGGAGGGAGCAUUUGAUUCUGCACCACAUGAGGGCAUCCUAUACAAGCUGGCACUCAUGGGCAUCACUGGCACCACCCUUGCCUGGGUGCGCAACUUCCUCACCGGUCGCUCAUUCCAAGUGGCUGUUGGUGCAUCACUGUCACCUUCCCAAGGAAUUCAUCGUGGCGUACCUCAGGGAUCCAUUCUUAGCCCCCUUCUGUUCAAUGUUCUUCUCUCUGACCUACAGGUUCCUACCCACUCUCACCUUCUCCUCUAUGCUGAUGACAUUACCAUCGUCAGUCGAGCACCCACACUCUCCGAGGCUGCAGGAGGCUGCCACUGCCUUGGGUGCAUGGAUGACAACCUGGGGGCUACAAGUCAGUGCCUCAAAGAGCUCUCUCAUGUAAAUCACAUCAGUUACCUCCGCACCUCCUGCAACAAACGCCUCGAUGUGAUGAAGCGAAUAGCUGGCAUCCGCUGGGGAGCCAGUCGUGACCUGCUCCUCCACUACUAUAAGACCACCAUCAGGGCCAAAAUGCAGUAUGCCAGCUGCUUCUAUGGGUCAGCUGCCUACUCCAACCUCCUCAAGCUUGACCCCAUUCAAAACGCUGCCUUGAGGAUCUCUAUGGGGGCCAUGAGUUCCUCCCCAGUUGUUUCUCUACAAGCAGAGAGUGGUAUUCCUCCACUGUCCACUCACAGACGGAUGACCUUGUGCCAACAAUACUACAGGAUACUGGGCCUGCCUGCCUCCCACCCCCUCUCUACCCUCCACUCCAACUCAGGGGUCGAUCAGCAAGCUCCUGUAUGGCUCCCCGCUGCCCGUCAGCCACUAAUAGUGCGUGCCCUGCUCAGCCUAACCAUUCUCCACUUACCACCACCACCUCCACAGCCUGUCAAUCCCUACUCACCUUUUCCUUCAUGGCUGGACGUCACCCAUAAUUUUGCUCUCCACGUUCCUGGGCUUCCUCCCAAACCAUCUAGGAACACAGAGAAAGCCUUGGAAGGACCCCAUACGCGUGCCUGCCUUGGAGACGCCAGCAAGACUGAGGCUUACGUAGGGUUGCCAGGCGUACGAUAA